AUGAAUACUGGCAAGAUCUCGGCAGAGUCUGCCAAUCAAAAGACUACGCUUAAAAGAGCAGGGGCCAUCAACGCCAACGAACCCCAAUCACCCGCAAGGGAAUUGCUCACACCUCCAACCUCAUCCCCUCGAGGACUGAGUGAUUCGUCGCCCCCAAAUAAACGCGUCCGUGACGCAGACGAGGACGACGCGGAGGAGGACGCUCCCCCAAAGAAGAAGUCGCAGGUGUCUAGAUCCAAGUCGUUAAAACCCAAGUCGUUGAAGCGCAAGGAAAAGUCCGCAAGAUCUUCAGCAGGCAGAUUGACCGGCGUGCAAAAGGAAUUGGCAGAGCUCUCUGAUGCGCUUUGUAGACCGCUUCAAGGAAGGGAUAUUGCUCGACAAAUUGCACGUAUUGAUUACGAAUGCGCGCAGAAGGCUAUCAGCCAGAAAACAGAUUUGAGAUCCGAGCAGAACGUCUCUCCACGUCACGCUCUCAAAGCACCAAAAUCUGAAGGGUCAAGUGAAGUCAAACCUGAACAGCCAGCUGCUAUUCAGUGCAGUGAGACCUCAGAGAAGAAGGAAUCUCUCGUAUCCAAUAAAUCCUCUCAGCAAGAAGACAACUUCAAAGUCGAUCCUCAACAGCCCAAGUGCAAAGCAAAGAAAAGCGCUGAACCGCCCGUUGCGAGCACUGAGACAGGUCAGAGGACUGUAUGGGCCCGCCAUAUAGCGGAGGGAAUAGCUUCGUACAAGGGAACUGACAGUGAGAAAUAUUCAAAAGCAGAGGCGGCAAAGAGAUCCAUUGAAAAGAAUCGCGCCAAGAACCAGACUCGUAAAGAGAACAAGCAGUCACAGAGGAAAGCGCGUCAAACAUUUGAGAAUUCCGAAUAUCAUAAUCACGCGAUUGACUUCACUGACACUGGGAGUUUGAGCAGAAGUGAAUUCAAGAAAAAAAAGCAAGCAGAAUACGAAAAGAAGAAGGAAGCUAUAGAGAAGGAUAAAAAGCUAGUGGAGGAUGAAAAACAAUUAAUGCUUGCUCUGGAAUUCUCGCAAAAGGCCAAGGAACGAAAAUUGUUUGGAGAAACCAAGACUUCACUUCACCUUCAGGAUCCUGGUAAGGGAGAACUCUUCUCCCCGCUUUUAUCACACUUCACCGAAUCCGAUCUUCGAGAAAUCCUCAAAGAAGACGAUUUGCUCCAACUCUCAACCGAAGAUAAUUUCAAACGAUUUUUGCAACAAAAUAAUUUUGAAAGUCUUGGAAAGCUUCCAAGAAAGGCGGAACCGGUUCAAGCUAUGCCUGCAUCUACUUCGUCCUCGCCUGUAUCAGCUCUCACAGGCCUCGAACUGAAACUCAAAGUAUCUCAAAAAGCCAAGGACCAGCUUAAAAUGGAGAACGGGCCACAAAAUCAGAAAAUUUACGAGUCACGAAAUGUUGAUCAAGUUGUAUUCGGGGGUCUGAAGUUUCCUGCCUGGUUUCCUGCCGCUUACCCACCAGAGGUCAUUGGUGUCAAAACUGCGGGCGCAAAUACCAUCACUGUUCCCAUUUUGCACGUCUGCGAAAAAUGUUUUGCAUACACUGUCGACGUACGUGCAAGUCUUGCGCAUAAGAAGUUCUGUUCACAGAAUGAAGUUCCUGGGGAGUUGACAUAUAACCACCAGGGAAAGGGUAUCUGGAAGGUCAAGAAAGUUGAUGGAGCUGCUCCCGAAUCUAAGCUGCUACUUCAACGCCUGUCGCUGUUUGCGAAGAUGUACAUUGAAUCCAAAUCCGUCUUCUCGGGCGAUGAGCAGAUUGUUGGUUUCUUUUCAAAAGAAAAGAAGUCUUGGAAUGACUACAACCUUGCAUGCAUUUUCAUACUUCCUCCAUGGCAAAAGAAACAAUUGGGCAGGAUCUUAACGGAGCUGUCGUACGAAAUUAGUAAGGAGAAGAUCGGUGGUCCCGAGCGGCCCAUAUCGGAUGUUGGCCACGCUGCCUAUAUGCGCCUAUGGGGAAAGAAGAUAUUCAAAUAUCUUUUGGAUUCGCCGAUUACAGACAACAUCGCUGGCACGGGAGAAACCAACAUCGAGCUCAUUAGCAAGGCCACAGGAGUCAGUCCCAUAGAUUGUAUGGACUUUUUUGAGACACUCCAAAACGAGAGCUCCACCCGGUCCAAAGUUCUUCAGAUGAAGAGACAGCCCAAUGUUCUUGAAGACUUCGAGAAAAUACAUCAUCAUAAAUACGACCCCCGAGACAACAGCUUAAUAUGCAGGUGGCUCAAGGGAACAGCGAAGGUCAAUCGUCUGGUCAUCGAUCAAGAUCAAAUCCGCGCAUGGCUGGCGAAGAAUAAGAUCGAUGUCAAUGAGGUUUUCAUCGAUCCUAGACAUGUCACGGUACCAGCACAGAGUCCUUGA